GAUACUGAGCAGAAGCAAAAUGAGUGUCCAAAGAGCUGUUUUGUUCUGGAUUGUUGGAACUUUUGUUAUCUGUGAGUGUGUGGAGAAACCUCAUAUUGUGUUUAUCGUAGCUGAUGACCUCGGAUGGAACGAUGUCGGAUUCCGGAACCCUCAAAUGAUCACCCCUAACCUGGACAGACUGGCCAAAGCUGGUGUCAUCCUCAACUCAUCUUACGUCCAGCCUCUAUGCUCGCCCUCCAGAAGUUGUUUCAUGUCCGGGUAUUUUCCGUAUCACACUGGUCUACAAGAUAGCGUUGUUAAGAUAAACGCAGCAAAAUUCCUUCCGGCUAACUUAACAACAAUCCCGCAGAAACUGAAACAACUUGGUUAUGAUGCCCACAUGGUUGGGAAGUGGCACCUUGGCUUCUGUAACUGGAAGUAUACACCCACAGACAGAGGCUUUGACUCCUACCUUGGAUAUUACGCUGGAACGGAGAAUUAUUUUACUCACAUUAGAAAGGAUGACGAAGGUAACGUGGGACUGGAUUUUCGCCUCAACAAAACUGCCUAUAGAGACGCCAACGGAACCUAUUCUACACAUAUAUUUGCAAACAAGGCCGUUGAAAUCAUUGAGAACCACGACAAUAGUAAGCCACUUUAUCUAUACCUUCCUUUCCAGGCGGUACAUGAACCUCUUCAAGUUCCACCUAAAUAUGAAAACAUGUACAAGAACAUAGAAACCAUAAAUAGAAGGAUAUAUUGUGGAAUGGUAACUGCGUUAGACGAAGCUGUAGGAAAUAUCACUAAGGCAUUAGAAGACAAAGGUCUCAUGGACAAUCUACUGUUGAUCUUUACAACUGAUAAUGGUGGUCCCACAUUUAUUGCUGCCAAUAACCUGCCUUUACGGGGAGCCAAACAUACUCUCUGGGAAGGGGGAACGAAAGGAACUGGAUUCAUCUACAGUAAAACCCUUCUGAAGAAAACGGGCUACCUCAACACUGGAAUGAUGCAUGCUGUGGACUGGUACCCUACUUUGGUGGAGCUGGCCGGUGGUGAAAACACAGAUCCCAACAUGGACGGAGUCAGUCAGUACGAUAUGCUGAUCAAUGGUGGACCCAGCAAGCGGAAUGAGUUCGUCUACAACAUCUAUGACGAGAUUGAUGCAGCUGCAAUCAGGUACGGAGAUCUCAAGCUCAUGCAAGGGAGUCCAGGAAUUCACAAUGGUUGGGCUCCUUUGCCACAUCUGGGAAUUGAUGAAGGUGUCUAUGAAGCUGAUAACCAAGUGUUCCCUCCCUUCAUGCUCUACAACAUUACUGCAGAUCCAACCGAACACUUCGACCUCUCAGCCAAGUAUCCUGAUCUUCUGGACAUGAUGAAGAAGAGGCUGGUGAACUGGAAGAAGUCUCGUGUUCCUGCCCAGAACAAUUCUCCUGUUCCUGCAUCCUACCCCAAGAACUUCGGUGGCGUAUGGAGUCCUGGGUGGUGUUGAUUUCUAUAUCAAGCAGACACUUCCUGUUGCACAAGUAUUCUAAGGCUGUGAAUGAAAGAAUAGUGAUGGAAACUGAGAGUUCGCUACAUAACAUUUACUUGAUUUAAACGAGAAUACUAACGCCAAAUUGUUUUUUCAUAGGGGUUAAGCAUUCUAAAAGUCACCUUUCUUGAUUUAAAUUGAAGAAAUCGCAAUAAACACGCACUCGUC